AUGAAGCUCUUCACCUUUCUGACUGGUCUGCUCGUCGCUGCUGCUGGCGCAAGCGCAGAGGCACCUCAACCGCCCGAAGACCUGGUCAUUGAUAAGACCUAUGUUCCUGAGGACUGCCCGGUGAAGAGCGCGAACGGCGACACCAUCAGAGUGCACUACACGGGCACCUUGUUCUCGAAUGGGAACAAGUUCGAUUCGAGUCACGACCGUAACUCACCUUUGCCCUUGAGACUCGGCGCUGGUCAGGUCAUCUCCGGCUGGGAGAAGGGCCUACAAGACAUGUGCCUGAACGAAAAGCGCACUUUGACCAUUCCUGCCAAAAUGGCUUACGGUCCUCGAGGAUUCGGCUCCGUGAUUCCCCCCAACUCCGCGCUUGUCUUCGACGUUGAGCUCGUGGGCUUGGAUAAAGGUCACACGGAGCUCUAGGUUAUAACGUGUAUCUAUCGCCUGUCCCGAGCUGCUGCUUGAUUAUGUUGGAUGGAGAUUGCC